AUGUCAGUGUCCAUACCAGAACAACCAGCAAACCAAGGGCCAUUCAAUGCCCAACACGGCUAUGCCGAUAUAAAUGUCAAGCCACAAAAAUACUCGGAUAAGCCUACGCCAAUUUCACCACAUAGCCAUCAGAACAAGGCUUCUGGGUUUGUCUCAGAGCACACAGAUAAAGAACAUGUCAAGAAGUAUGCAGAGCUGGGAGGAAAGAGGUUGUUCAACAUGCUUAUUGGGUUCCUUUGUCAUUGA